CUACCGGCCCCCUUGAUAUGUCACUCGAUGAGGUUAUCUCCCAGAACCGCAUGAACCGUAAGAACAAUAACAGCAACAACAACAACAACCGUUCUACACGUGGAGGUAUUCAGAAGAAAGGUGGUCGCCCCUCCAGAAACAACAGCUUUUCGGUAUGUUUGACAAGUAUCUUAUUACACACUACACUACACACACACACACACACGUACACAAAAACACACACACAUCCACAACGCACGCAAAGGAAAGACACUGCAAAAAAAGAUAGAGAGAAGUAGAGGUAGAGAUGAGCAUUGCAGACCCCCCCUUUCUUGGAAGAGCAUGUGAAGACCAGAAGCACUUGUGAGAGUGAGAAAAGACGUUGCGGACAAUGGCGUUCGGAUCUGUUUUCGACUUUUUUGGUUGAAUGGGGGAUAGUACUCCAUUUCUUGCACCAUCCUUCCUGCGUCUCUUUACCUUCCCCCCUCUUUUGUGUGUUAAAGAUCCGUGGAAAACAGAUUCACUCAACAAAUCACUCAACCCUCCUCCCUUCCUCCCUUCCUAUCCUUUGCUAUCUUACCACCCCCCUCCUUCUCCUCUUUCAAUUCUCCCUUCCUCCACCCUCAUUUCCACAUCCCCAUCAAACACUUCCUGACCUUUGCCCAAAAAAAAAUCAGCCGAAUGUAUCAAGAAACUCUCGUAUGGCAGUAACCCGUCCAGCACCCGCAGCACGAGGACCCCGUAACAAUCUUGUUGUGUCCAAUCUUCACCCCAGAGUAACUGAGAAGGAUCUCUACGAAUUAUUUGGACAAAUGGGUACUGUCAAGAGAGCCUUUUUACACAUUGGUCCUACCGGAAGAUCAGCCGGUAUUGCUGAUAUAGUGUUUUCCCAGGCUAGCGAUGCCGAAAGAGCACGUAUUACUUAUAACAGUGUAGAACUUGAUGGUCGCCCAAUGAAGAUUUCAUUUGCUACAGUUGUAGGUUCCGUGGUUGCUCAACCUACCAGACAGCCUCUGCGUAACCAGGAUCGUAGACAGAACAACAACAAUAAUAAUAAUAACACCAGCUACAACAACAACGGCAAUGGCCGUCGUGGUGGUAGAGGAGGUCUUAGCAAGCGUAGAGAAACCCGGCCAAAGGCAUCAGAACAAGACCUUGAUGCUCAGAUGGACAGUUAUAUGGCUGUGCCAAAUGAAGAUAUCGUCAUGGGUUAAAAUGCCGACAAUCCGUCCGUCCGUCCGUCCUUCCUUCCCUUUUAUUUCUUUCAUAAUUCUUUCACACUUCCCCCAUCCCCCCUCCCUCAAAAGCACACGAGUGCAGAUGAAGAGCUUUCACACAACCACAAUCGCACUCUUGACAUAAAUAUAUACACAGAAUCUCUCUAACUAUCAAAUCAAAUCAAAUCAAUAUUUUUUUAUAUUAUAUAUAUAUAUAUAUAUAUAUAUUUUAUAUUUAUAUUUAUACUUUUUAUUUAUUUUUACUUUAGCUCUUUCCUUUUUUAUAAUUGAUUUUCUGACCCAUCCAAUAAAUAUGUAUGUAGGCUCAUUAAUCUAAAAAUACCUUUUUUUUUUGAUAU